ACUGCUGUCAUUUUCUGCCAGGCCAGGACUUGGGCCCACCUUGGCCCCAAAUUCACCCUCACCACCUCUCUGUGUUGCAGGAAGCCUUGGGAGCAAGUCCCCAAAAAGCCAAAGCGGAAGAAAAGGCGGAGGCGCAACGUGAACUCCCUGAAGAACGUGGUGAUCUGGUAUGAGGACCAUAAACACCGGUGCCCAUAUGAGCCACACCUGGCUGAGCUUGACCCUACCUUCGGCCUGUACACAACAGCUGUGUGGCAGUGUGAAGCUGGCCACCGCUACUUCCAGGACCUGCACUCUCCGCUCAAACCCCUCAGUGACUCAGAGCCUGACAGCGACAAAGUGGGCAAUGGCCUGGCAGCUGGCAGCUCUGACUCAUCCAGCUCCAGCUCCAGCUCUGACUCGGAGGAGCCUCCUGAGGCCCAACCAGCCAAAGCCCCAGCUGCUGCUGCAGUCACCCCCGCCAGCCCCGCAUGCAGCAGCGGGCUUAUCACUCAGGAAGGAGUUCACAUUCCCUUUGAUGUCCACCAUGUGGAGAGCCUGGCUGAGCAGGGCACCCCUCUGUGCCAAAACCCUGCAGGCGGUGGGCCGGAGGCUCUGGAGACGGUGGUUUGUGUGCCAGUACCCAUGCAAAUGGGCACUGGUCCCGGCACCCUCUUUGAGAACAUGCCCCAGGAGGCACUGGGUGAAGUGGUGGCCAGCUGCCCAGUGUCAGGCAUGGUGCCUGGCUCCCAGGUGAUCAUCAUUGCUGGUCCUGGCUAUGACACCCUCACAGCCGAGGGCAUCCACCUCAAUGUGGCUGCUGGCAGUGGUACUCCCAGCAGUGGCCUGGGUGAGGAGGUACCCUGUGCCAUGAUGGAAGGUGUGGCAGCCUAUACACAGACGGAGCCUGAGGGCACCCAGCACAGCACCAUGGACACCACCUCCAUAGUCAGCAUUGAGACCAAGAAAGACGCCGCCCCAUGUCACCCUGUAGAGAAGGAGGACCUGUAUAUGCUCAAGGAGGAGAAAGAGGAUUCGGUGGCCCCAGAGCUGGCAGAGCUGGCAGCCACCAUGCCAGAGACUACAGAGGCAGAAGCAGACGUGGAUGGAGAGGAAUUGGACGGCAGUGACAUGUCAGCUAUCAUCUACGAGAUUCCCAAGGAGCCUGAGAAGAGACGGCGGAGCAAGCGGUCACGGGUGAUGGAUGCUGAUGGCCUGCUGGAGAUGUUCCACUGUCCCUAUGAGGGCUGCAGCCAGGUGUAUGUGGCUCUGAGCAGCUUCCAGAACCACGUCAACCUGGUGCACCGAAAAGGGAAGACCAAAGUGUGCCCUCACCCUGGCUGUGGCAAGAAGUUUUAUUUAUCCAACCACCUGCGGCGCCACAUGAUCAUCCACUCAGGCAUCCGAGAGUUCACUUGUGAGACCUGUGGCAAGUCCUUCAAGAGGAAGAAUCAUCUGGAGGUGCACCGGCGCACACACACAGGAGAGACACCCCUGCAGUGUGAGAUUUGCGGGUACCAGUGCCGGCAGCGCGCAUCGCUUAACUGGCACAUGAAGAAGCACACAGCAGAGGUGCAGUACAACUUUACGUGCGAGCGCUGUGGAAAGCGCUUUGAGAAGCUGGACAGCGUCAAGUUCCACACGCUCAAAAGCCACCCGGACCACAAGCCCACCUGACCCACCCGCGCCCACGGACCUCAGCCUCUAUUUAUUUGUACUCUUGGGCAUCGUGUCCAAGAUAGCCCCUGGGGCUGCCCCAACCGCAGGCCGGAAGGAGGUGUUCCCCGCUCCCUCUGGGCAGGUGCCCCACCCUGCCUCAUCACCCUGCCCCACCCAUGGAGCUGGCGCCUGGGACUGCACUGCUGAACUGUGUCAAGAGCACAGAAUGAGAUUAAAGUGAAAAAGGAAAUUCCCUU